AUGUUAGCUGAACUGGAUAUGUUAGAAGAUCCUAAUUUCAGAGGAUCAGAUGAUGGUGCUGAAGAUGCACAACUAAGAAAGAUGAGGCUUAAAGACAUUGCUUGGCCAAUGUCACACAGAUAUGAUACCAAAAAUGUCAGGUUUUCAGGCCUAGUCUCCCAGCCAGGAACUGAUGAUCUCAGGCUGCAGCAGCAGCACCGAGGCCGGCCAACUAGACCACAGGAGGGCGGCUUCGGCGCGGCGACCUUCGCCAGCACCUCGGCUGCCCCUCCGCAAAGCAACGGGGGCGGGGGCGGCAAGCAGAGUAAGCAGGAAAUUCACAGGAGGUCUGCUCGUCUCAGAAACACUAAAUACAAAUCUGCUCCAGCUGCUGAAAAGAAAGUUUCCACAAAAGGAAAAGGGAGAAGACAUAUUUUUAAAUUAAAAAAUCCCAUCAAAGCUCCUGAGUCAGUUUCUACUAUCAUCACUGCAGAGUCAAUCUUCUACAAGGGAGUAUAUUACCAAAUUGGCGAUGUUGUUUCUGUGAUUGAUGAACAAGAUGGAAAACCCUACUAUGCCCAGAUCAGGGGAUUUAUCCAAGACCAGUAUUGUGAGAAGAGUGCAGCACUAACGUGGCUCAUCCCCACCCUUUCUAGCCCCAGGGACCAAUUUGAUCCUGCAUCCUAUAUCAUAGGACCAGAGGAAGAUCUUCCAAGGAAGAUGGAAUACUUGGAAUUUGUUUGUCAUGCACCUUCUGAAUAUUUCAAGUCACGUUCAUCACCAUUUCCCACAGUUCCCACAAGACCAGAGAAGGGCUAUAUAUGGACUCAUGUUGGACCUACUCCUGCAAUAACUAUUAAGGAAACAGUUGCCAACCAUCUAUAGUAUGAAAAGUAAAGCUAGAUUUCCAGUUGCUUUGUUUUCUUACUGCUAUAAAAUAUGCCAUCUUUUUAUCAAUGAAAUUCUUAAAUGGAAAAAUGACAUAAAAGUUUUAUCUCUACUACCCAAUUAUCAUUAGUAUUUUAAACCAUUUGCUUAUUACUAGUCAUUUAGAAAAUUAAAAGGGGUAAAAAAAGAAUUAACUGUACUUUGAAGUUAAACAUUCUAUGUAUAUAUCUUCCCAGGCAAAGACUGUGAUUUCCAAGGAGACCAUUAGGAACAGGUAGUGCCUAUUUUUCUGUAUAACUUAUUUCUAGAAACUCAUGAAUGAAUUGUAUUUUUAUACAUUAAAGUUUUAAUUGUUUGGAUUUCU